ACAAAUGACGUAACAGAACUGCGCAGCUACUUGUACACUGGGUGUGUCUUGUGUAAAUGGUUUGAAACCAAAAACACUUUUUUGCUCUGAGUCAGAUACUCUGAACUGUUCCUUGCCUAAGCUUUAUUGUUUUGAACAAAUGCGUGGACACUUUUUACACUCACGCCGGUGUUUUAAGAUAAAAAACAUUAGAAAAGUCAUUCAGCUUACAAAAGAUUCAUUAGAUGAGCUUAAUAAGAAAUUUGGAAAUGACCAACAACCUAAUCCACUGUAUUUGGAGGAGUAUGAAACUCUCACCAACAAAAUCCAUGAAUUACAAGUCAAAGAGGAAGACUUACUGGCAAAGAUGCCCAAUGAAGAGGUUGAGAAUACGCCUCCUCCGGCCUCCUCCACUAUUUCCUCCACUGGGGGUGUCGUUCAGCCUAAUGUACCAAAUCCACUACCAAGUCCUAAGCCUGUCCAUGGAAUCAUAAAGGCUUACUUACCAAAUGAACAGUUCUCACUGGUUAAAAUUGAGCCAGGAAAAGUACUGAAGGAAGGGUUAAAGAAAACGAUGUCCCGUAGAGACCUACUGCCAGAGAACUGUAAUGUGUAUGACUCCACAACAAAGAUGCCCAUCUCGUGGGACAUUGACAUGGCAAACUUAGCCGGUAAAGACAUCAAUGUCUGUGAAAAACCCAAGCGCAAGUUGGAGGGACAGUUAGCCAUCACCACACACAACAUAGUUAGGAAAACCUUUUUACUGUUAACAUUCUGUGAUGGCUGUGGGAAGUCCUUGUUUCAAAGUUUUCGUUGUCAGACCUGUGGAAUUCGAUUCCACCAGCGAUGCAGUGAUAAAAUUCAACCCUUCUGUUUCCCAGCUCCCGAUUCCUUACCGUAUCCAGGGGUGUUCAAACCCAAGUUGGCGGAUGCGGGGUUUUCUCAGAACAAGGAAGACCGCUUUAGUCGGAGCCGCUCGCAGUCGGCACCUAAUGUUAAUAUAAAUAUUACGGACACACAUCCUGAUCAUUCAGAGGAGAAGUUUCCAUUUACUCCCCAGAACAUUGAAGAUACAGGACUCCCUCGACAUUACAAAGAAAAACGCCAUGCCAGCGAUGGCACAUGUAGCAAAACUACACCAAAGCAUCGCUAUGGAACACAAAGGAAUAAUACACUACCAGUGUUACCGAUGUCCAAUCCAUUGAAGCCGGUACCUCAGCCCCAGCCCUCAAACACAGGUUCAGAGGUCAAGCAUCGGACUGUGGAAAACCAUCCACGAGAGGACUGGGAAAUUAAUGGCGAUCAGAUUCAAAUCCACAAGAGGAUUGGGUCCGGAUCAUUUGGUACUGUGUUCCGCGGAUAUUACCAUGGUCAUGUUGCAAUCAAGCGCCUCAAUGUCACAGCCCCCACGCCACAACAGCUGAGGGCGUUCAAGAAUGAAGUGGCGGUUUUACGGAAAACCCGACAUACAAACAUUCUCCUGUUCAUGGGGUGGACAUCAAAGCCCCAGUUAGCCAUAGUAACUCAGUGGUGUGAGGGCUCCAGUCUGUACAAACAUAUUCAUGAAGACGAUAUCAAAUUUGAAAUGUUAACAAUAAUGGAAAUUUCGCGACAGACUGCGCAGGGCAUGGAUUACCUUCAUGCGAAAUCUAUAAUUCACAGAGAUUUGAAGUCUAAUAACAUAUUUUUAACGGAAAAUUUAACAGUAAAAAUAGGUGAUUUUGGAUUGGCAACAAUGAAGACGAGGUGGAGUGGAUCACAUCAAUUCCAGCAACCCAGCGGCUCCAUAUUGUGGAUGGCCCCAGAAGUGAUACGAAUGAAAGAGGCCAAUCCUUACACAAACCAAUCUGACGUCUACGCUUUUGGAAUUGUGUUAUACGAGUUAAUGACACAAUCACUUCCUUACAGCAACAUAAGUAACAAAGACCAGAUUCUCUACAUGGUGGGCAAGGGUACGCUGAGGCCUGACCUCAGCAAGUCACGGUCAGACACUCCAAAGAGGUUCAAAAUCCUAAUGCAGGACUGCUGUAAAUACGACAGAGAACAGAGGCCAUUGUUUCCUCAGAUUUUGUCAGUGUUAGAAAGCUUGGAACGAUCUCUUCCCAAGGUUCAUCGGAGCUCAUCAGAGCCCACGUUAAAUUUGGCACAUUCUGAAGAAUUCAUGUACUUGUGUGCUUCUCCCAAAACUCCCAUAAACAGCGGCAUUCACUUCCUCUUUACUUCAACGUCAGGUGGCGGACUGAACUAGUGCUAACCUGGAGUUAGAUUCGGUGUUUUCUGGAAAGGGCCUCUGUUAUACUUCAAGCUUGCAAAGAAGCUCUGAUCAUGUGUGAUAGCUUGCUUCUUUUAAAAAUCUUUCCUGAUCAGCAUUCUAAUCUGAGCUGACAAGCUUUAAGCUUAGAUCUCAGAAUAGCAACAUUCUGCUCCCGCUUCUCCAUUGUGAGACAUCAUUCAUUUGACAUUAGCUGGAGAGAAAGCCAUUGUUCAACAGUCAUGUAAAUAUAAUUCUUGUUAUUUUGCUUAGAAGAAGUUCACUCUCGGCUCUGCUUCACUCUACCAUUUCAUUUUCUAAAUCUUUGUAUACCUUGGGAAUAUUACUGAUAAUUGAAUGUACAUUGAAGUUUUUUUUUCUUGGGGAUCAUUUUCUCCCAAAAGUGAACUAUUUCUUUACAGUGAUUUCCAACUAACUGCUGUGUGAAAUUUAUUUCCUCUCGGUUGAGAAACACAAUUAUCCAAACAGAAGUUACGCAUAUGUAAAUAUAAGUUUUUGUGUGUAUACAGUGCGUCUGGAGACAUAAUAUGAGUUUUAUAGAAUAUUAAUUCCCAAGGUGAUACUUUUGAAUGAUGAAAUAUUUCCGUACAUUUUUAUUUCAAUGUCAGCAAUGUAGUGUGAUCUCUUUGCACCAGAGGCCAUUAAAUUUUCUCGAAUGGUAAAGGAAAAACACACAUUCAUUAUUUCAAAGGGAGACAUUUUGUUGAAAAGGAUGAAAAAGAGAAUAUGAUUCACCCAAAUGUGAUACAUCAUCAGUGCGUGUGACACUUUCUUUUGUAAGAGAUGUGAAUAUUGAUGUCGUGAAAUCCUGGAUGGUUUUCGCUAUAUGUGUGAACUUUAUUGAAUUUUCUGUUCAUUACAUUUGCGCACAUGUGUGUAACUAUGAAAAAGGUUUGAUUCCUGUACAUGUGCCACUAAAAUCGGAAACACCAGACAUCUGUUGUGUAUAAAGCUAGGCACUAUCCUUUCAUGACUCGCUGCCAAGUGCACUUGGAAAAUAUGGCACCUGUUUAAGGAUGAUUCCUUGAUGUGAAAUAAGAUUUGAAAGCUGAGUAGAAAUGGUCAUUUUAACACAGGGCAAAGUCACAUGACUGUCAGUUUCCGUUUAUAUUCCAGAAUGAGGGAGAAGGACGUUCCAGUUUCGGCAUUUCUCUCUUGAGAGAUGCUGCUUUUUUGUGCAAUGAACAUGUACUGAAUUUGUUUUUCAUUACGGAGGAUUUAAAUGUUUAUCUGUGAUUUAUUUCUCUUUAAUAAGCAAGGAUUUUGUGCAAUGUCAACAUGAUUUUGCCUCUAUGAUACAAGGCAUACAGAGACAAAAGUUUGAAGCAGCAAUUUUUAUAGAUUUUUUUCCCCAUUAAAAAUAGUGGUAACAUUUAUUUGUAAUUGACUUAUUGUUGAAUGAAAUGAGGAAUUAUUCUCGCUUGUUAUGAAAAUUGAUAUCGCAUGUGGGACGAAUUCAUAGUUAAAUAUCAAACAUUAAAAAUUUUGCUCUUGAUUGAAAUAAUUGAAUCAAUUACUGUCAUUGUGCAAGUUAUUGUGCAUGUCAGUCCUUUACCCUAUUAUGAAAGAAUAGCCGGUCUUGUCGACCAUUCCAUUCUUGUAAAACGGGGGAUUGACCUCACAACAAUUGAAAUAAGAUGCUACUAUUUCAUGUGAUUAUUUAUAAUUUUUUUGAAUGAAUGGUAUGGAAGCUUAUACUUAUUUAUAAAGAGAAGAAGAAAUAUGAGAGGGUACGUGUAUCUGAAUUUUAAAAAAUGAAGGGUUCAGUUGUUUUCUUCAUUUGUUUGCUAGUAUUUGUAAUUUAUUUGUUACUUGUGUGUGAUUGGUUGCUGACAGAGUGGGAGGAAUGUAGUAUUCCUGUAACAUUUGUUUAACUCUAUGUGAUCCCACGUUCAUACUGUACAUAUCAAGUUUACCAAUAAUACAAUGUUUUGAUGUUGUCAUUCUUUAUCAAUGUCUGGAAAUGGAACUUUUUGCAUUUUGUUUUCCUCCUUUUUCCUCCACAGUUUAUGAUGUAUCUCACAGCUGUGUAUACUUUGUCAUUUUUUGAAUUUUUGCAUUUUUUUUAGAUUUUAAAUUUUGAAUUUCAAAAUGAUGUAAAUAUCAAGCAGUCAUACACUGGUGCAUACUUCAACAGGAACGGUAGUGUACAGGAGUACUGCGGAGUACUUAGUGAUUGUGUUUUAUGAGUCCAAAUAAUUUCAGAGGAUAUUUUCAGGUUAUGUUUAUGUAAUACAAACUUGCUUUAAAUUAAUCGUAAUCCUGCAAGUACAGUUUAAGAUGCCAGAAUCUUUUUGGAGGUGUGCAUGUGUAUUGCAUCAAUCUGUAAAAUAUUUUCGAAGGAUCAUUAGCUUUUUUGCUAAUUGAGGUUUGAUUUGUAUCAAUGCAUUUUUUAAAAGAAUUUUCACUGUUUUUUUUAGUUUAUUAUAUUUCUCUAGCUUUUUUCAGUAGAGAUUUAGGUAAUCUCACAAUUUUCUCUCUAAAAAUCUGAACCUAGUAGAGACAAGUUUUUAACUGCCUGAGUGUAGAAACCUCUCCAAAUUGACCUGAUACACAUUUCUGCUUGUUUUUGCUCAUCAUGGUAUAUGUGGAGAGUGUGUGAAAGACAGAGGAGUGGAUCUCAGUGUGGUGUGACUGAUUUGAGUGGAGAGUGUGUUGGCUCUUGUGAUGGUACUUUGUAAUGCAAAUAUAAAGAAAUUUCCUCUACA